AUGAGGAUGCUAUUAAAUUUUGUUAAAGGAUGCACUUCUUUUGAAAGUAUUAGAACGGUGAAUGGAGUGACAUAUUCAACUUUCAAGGGUGCAUGUUAUGCUUUGGGAUUAUUAGAUGAUGAUAAAGAAUGGAUUGACUGCUUAACUGAAGCUGCAAUUUGGACUACUGGAAAUGAAUUAAGGCAUCUUUUUGUAACAAUCCUCAUUCAUUGUCAGGUUUCUGAUGCGAGAAAACUUUGGCAAUCAAACUACACUACAUUGUCAGAAGACAUUGUUACAUUACAAAGAAAAAGAUUUAGAAUUAAGGAUCUUCAACUAAAUGAUAUACAAGUUGAAGCAUACACAUUGUUUGAAAUUGAAAGUAUCAUGCAAAAGAUGGGAAAAAGUUUGAAAGACAUAGAUGGACUGCCCCUGCCUAAUUCGUCUUUGAUGAGAGAAUCGGCUUAUGAAGCAAUACUACAAUCUGUAGAGAAUGAAGGUCAUUUAUUUUUCAUCUGUGGACACGGUGGUACAGGAAAAACAUUUCUAUGGAAUACACUUAUUACAAAACUUAGAUCAGAAUCGAAAAUAGUCUUGCCAGUUGCAACUUCAGGCAUAGCAGCUUUGUUAUUGCCUAAUGGCAGGACCACUCAUUCAAGGUUUCAUAUUCCCUUGGAGGUUUCAGCUGAGUCAACUUGUGAAAUUCGACAUGACACCCUACUAUCUGAACUCCUGAUGAAGACUUCAUUGAUCAUUUGGGAUGAAGCACCCAUGGCAAAUAAGUACUGCUUUGAAGCUUUAGAUAAGUCCUUAAGAGAUAUUCUAAGAACAAGGUAUGAGAAUAGCACUACCAAACCUUUUGGAGGACUUACAAUAGUAUGCGGAGGAGAUUUUCGGCAAAUAUUUCCAGUUGUGCCAAAGGGUACAAGAGCAGAUAUUGCUGACGCAUCUCUUAAUUCUUCCUACCUAUGGCCAUUUUUUAAAAUAUAUGAGUUGAAUCAAAAUAUGAGGCUCUAUAAUGGAAGUGUCGAUGAAUAUGAGGUUGCUAAAAUAGCCUAUUUCGAAAAAUGGUUGUUGCAGAUUGGGGAUGGUUCAUUAUAUGAUGACAUUGAUAAAGAACUUAUUAAAAAUCCAUUUAAAAUUUAUAAAAACCCAUCUAAUGAUCCCAUGAAUUCUAUUCUCGAAGCUAUCUACCCUUCACUAUUGCAUAAUUAUAGUGACUCAACCUAUUUGAAAGAAAGAGCAAUACUAAAUCCAAAAAAUGAAGUGGUCCAUGAGUUGAAUGAGAUGAUUAUGAAUAUGAUACCAGAAGAAGGGAGGAUUUAUUUAAGCUCAAACAGUAUAUGCAAAGCAAGCAUAAACACAAAUGAAGAGGAUCUUUUGUAUCCAAUUGAGUUAUUGCAUAGUUUGAAAUUUAAUGGCAUCCCAAAUCAUGACAUAAACCUAAAUGAAGGUGCUCCAGGAAUGCUCCUCAAAAAUCUAAAUCAAAUAGAAGGUUUAUGCAAUGGCACAAUAUUGAUUGUCACUCGCCUUGGUAAAUGGUCAAUUAGAGGUGAUAUCAUCUGA